GAGAAUAGCCCGGAUGCAGGACGGCGGAGACGCGUCGUUUCCAUGGCAACCGGGUACUGGUCGCUGCCGUGCAGGUGCCGGGGUUUCCCUCUGCUCAUUGUCGGAGCUUAGAAAGAGAGGAGAGCACCUCCGGCCAUCUUUGUGACCCCGCCGCUGCGACUUACACAGGCAGGCGGGAAUAAAGCGGGGGCGAAGGGAAGGUGAUACGUGGAUGUUUAAGGUGGGAGAGAGGGUAAAGGUGUAAAUGUCAGGGACAACUGGGAGGAAAGGUACUCCAAGAAGCGAGUGAAGUGACUUUGUGUGGGCGUUUCAUCCUUCCAAGUCUGGGGUCCACGGAGCCUGGCGCUGGCCGGGGAGCCUGGCAGUUGAGCUUCGCUUCGCGUUGUGUGGGGGAAACCCUUCUGAGGCAUUAUCCUUUAACAAACAGAAAAUGGAUGAAAAUAAAGAUCCUGAUUCAAAAGACAGUGGAGAAUAUGAAGAUGAUUUUGAAAAGGACCUGGAAUGGUUAAUUAAUGAAAAAGAAAAAAGUGGCGCCAGCAUAGUAGAGAUGGCUGGUGGGAAUGAAGAGAAUAUUAACCAAGACUUAAAACAGAAUGAAACAGAAAUAGAACACACUGAACAGCUUUCUGAUCCUAACAAAUCUUUGAAGGAUGAGGGUUCAUUAAGAAGAAAUGACUUCAUUUCUGUACCAAGUUUCCAACCUCUGGAUCCCAUAUCAGAUUCAGACAGUGAAAACUCCUUACAGGAAUCCAAACUGGAAAGCCAGCAAGACCUGGAGGAAGAAGAGGAUGAGGAAGUAAGGAGAUACAUUAUGGAAAAAAUUAUACAGGCCAACAAACUUCUACAAAAUGAAGAACCUGUGAAUGAUAAAAGGGAACGGAAACUUAAGUUCAAGGACAAAUUAGUUGAUUUGGAAGUUCCUCCUCUGGAAGACACUGAUACAGGCAAAAAUCAUUUUGAAAAUGAAAGUAAUGUGUCUGGAAAACUGUCACAAUUAUGUAUUUCCAAUGAAUUUGGACAAGAAAAUGUGCUCCUAUCACUUACUGAUGCAAGGUGUGAAGAAAACAAGGAUAGGAAAAUACUGGUAGAGAGAGAUGGAAAAUUUGAACUUCUGAAUUUACAAGACAUUGAGAGUCAGGGGUUUUUGCCCCCCAUUAAUAAUGCUGAUAGUACAGUGGAAAAUGAGCCUCAGCAGUUGUCACCCAGAUCUUCCAAUUCAUCUGUCAGUGGAGUCAAGAAAGAAGAACCAAUAAUGAAAAUUCAUGCUGUUGCUUACUCAUCAACAGAAGAGCCACUGGCUUACAUCCCUCAGCCCCCACCAAACCCAAAGACUUAUCCAGGCUCUGCUGCCAACUCAGAUGGAAGUAAGGGGAAUGGGAAAUCUAAUCAUAGGACACAGUCUGCAGAUGUAUCUCCAGUGACCUCAACAUACUGUCUUUCUCCUCGACAGAAAGAACUGCAAAAACGACUGGAGCAAAAGAGAGAAAGGCUAAAGAGAGAGGAAGAACAACGGAAAAUAAAAGAAGAGAAAGAAAAGAAAAAAGAGAAUGACAUGGUAUUUAAAGCAUGGUUGCAAAAGAAGAGAGAGCAGGUUCUAGAAAUGAAGAGAAUUCAGCGAGCAAAGCAAAUUGAAGACAUGAACAGUAGACAGGAAGACAGAGAUCCACAACUAGCUUUUCAAUUAUGGCUUAAAAAAAAGCAUGAAGAACAGUUGAAAGAAAGAAAGACUGAAGAACUACGAAAGCAAGAGGAGUGCUUAUUUUUCCUUAAAGGAACAGAAGGCCGUGAAAGAGCCUUUAAACAAUGGCUAAGAAGGAAACGCAUAGAAAAACUAGCAGAGCAACAAGCUGUAAAAGAAAGAACUAGACAGCUCCGACUAGAAGCAAAGCGUUCUAAACAGUUACAGCAUCACCUGUAUACUAUGUCAGAAGCCAAAUCUUUUCGUUUUACUGAUCAUUACAACUGAAGGUAUCUAUUAAAUACUUCAUUUGGAA